UUCAGUAAUAAUCUCAAAUUUCAAUAAUACUACACUUAGAGCACUUCGGAAUAUUGAUUUUAAAUAAUUUCUCGUUUAUCGAACCCUAAUAUAGACGGUAAAUUAUCUAAGAUAUAAAGAAGUAGCGAAGCAGUACUUAAAAUGGGCGAAGAGGAACCAGCAACAUUAAACGGACAGUUCUAUGAAUUUGCGAAACUUUUCGAUACCAAAAGAGAUGGUCAAACUAUUACACUGUACCGCUCAGAUUAUUGGAUGAGACAAGCUAAGCUUUUGGAUGAUAGAAAAAUAACGAUGACUGAUACUGGAAUACUCUUCAAUAAAUUCUGUAAAACUGAAAUCACAUUUGAUGAGUGGAUGGAAUUUUUAGCAGACCUUUGUGAACUUGUAGAAAUUGAUGUGGAGAAGACUCAAGAAAUUUUAACGAAUUGUGGCCUGCCCGGCCAAGUGUCGGUAGUAGUCCCACAGUAUAGAGAGUAUUUUCAGACGUACAAACCAAAAGAGAAAGGCUUAUUUUAAUAUAUUUCCGUCUUGUAACAUAAUCCUUGAUACCUGACAGACUAAAAUGAGCAGCAUUCUAGCUGAAGUGAUAUGAAACGAUGAUAAAACUCUUUAAAUACUAUGUUCAAUUAAAAAGUCAGUUAUUUCGGUGGUCUUCACGGUUCGCGGUUUUGCACAGCGCUUUACUUCCGCUGUGUCCAUUAUCCAGAGAUAUUAUAUUAUUAAGACUUCGAUUUCAAUUUUUUAAUUACAUAUUCUUUAUAUGCAGAUACACUGACGAAGUAAUUGAAAUAACUUUCAUAAUUCUCAUACUUAUGAAAUUUUUGAUUGAGAUAGUAAAAACAUAUUAAUGGAAUAUAAAAUUUUAUUACGUUAACAUUUAAAAUACAUACUUGAACAUUAUUGCUUA